AUGCUUGAUGUUGUACAAGGAUAUCCCAUCCUCUUGCGCCCUCCAUAUGCAAUGAACUCCGCCACAUUUUUCCAGAAAAUGUUUAGUGGCGGUAAAUGCUUCGAAACGAUUAUGGUGAUUGGAGUAGGACAUAUCACAGCGGUAAAAUUUAGUGCGGUAGAGGUUCAUGCGAAAUCCAAAUUCAUACUCCUCAUUGGUGCCAAGAAGAUGCUCACCAAGAAGAUCAUCUGGAGUUUCGGAUCCACACUUAACCAAAAGUUGCCCGUUUUGGAGAUUGUUAACAAGACGGACGAAGUGCUUUCUCCCGGAGAUUGGAUGCGGAUUAAAGCAGCUAAUUUGACCAACAAAGGCUAG